CAACCACCCAUCUGCAGUUGUCCUAGAUCUCCUGUCCCUCUCCCCUCUUCAGUCUUGAGACGUUCAUACACCAUGCAUUCUCUUUCCAAGAGCCUCCUGCUCGUCCUGGGCAGCAACAUGCUGGGCGUGAGCGCCGCUCCGGUGGCCGAGGCCGCCACGUCGACCGCUACAGCUGCUGCCACUACCACCACUGCCCCCGCUAACUAUGGCAACUACGGCAACUACGGCGACUACGGUGCCUAUGGCAAUUACCAGAACUACAAGCGUGCUGACGCGGAUGAGGCUGCUGCUUCUUCUUCAACCUCGUCGGCCGCCUCCACCACCACUGCCCCGGCCAACUACGGCAACUAUGGCAACUAUGGGGACUAUGGCAGCUAUGGUAACUAUCAGAACUACAAGCGCGAUGCCGAUGCCUCCAGCGCUUCGACCACCACCACCACUGCCCCCGCCAAUUAUGGCAACUACGGAAACUAUGGCGACUACGGCAGCUACGGCAACUACCAGAACUACAAGCGCGAGGACGAGGAGUCGACCACCGCUGCUCCUGCCACGACCACCGCGCCCGCCAGCUAUGGUAACUACGGGGACUACGGCAACUACGGAAAUUACCAGAACUACAAGCGUGAGGAGGAGUCGACCACCUCCGCUGCUGCUGCUAGCACCACCACCGCCGCUCCGGCCAGCUAUGGCGACUACGGGAACUACGGCACCUACGGCAACUACGGCUCGUACAAGCGCGACGAGCAGCCCGAGGAGGAGAAGAAGGAAGCCUCGACCACCGAGGCUGCCCCAACCACCACCGCACCCGCCAGCUACGGCGACUAUGGCAACUACGGCAACUACGGUAACUACCAGAACUACAAGCGCGACGAGAGCUCCUCUACCACCACGAGUUCUGCCGCUACCACUACUACUACCACCACCACUGCCCCCGCCAGCUACGGCGACUACGGCAACUACGGCACCUACGGGAACUAUGGCUCGUACAAGCGGGAGGAGGAGCCCGCCGCCAAGGAGGCAGAGGAAGCCUCUUCCGCGACCUCGACCGCCACGGCGAGCGCCACCACCGCCCCGGCCGGCUACGGGGACUACGGAAACUACGGCAACUACGGCAACUACGGGACCUACCAGAACUAUUAGAUUCUGACGCUUCAAGGCCAUGGAAGAAAGAAAGGAGGGGACAUGAACCUAAUGAUUGUGUAAAGUUGCUCUUUCGGAAGAGGACAGAAUGAGCGUGACGUGACAAGGGCCCGGGAACGAUGACACGACCGUCCGGGUGUACGCCGUACUACUAUGUGUACUCAUCGGGAACAGGAGGUCAAUCCUGGUAAUGUGGAUCUCAGAUGCUCGGUCUUUUUCUUUUUUCUUCUCUUCUGUAUUUAGCUUAGAUUCGCGAGCAUUGAAUAUUGACCGUUGAUAACAAGAUACAAGUACUGUGCCUUUUCUGAUUGCCGAUUGUCGAUUGUCGAUGCUGCCG